AUGUCUUCGUCGUCGUCUACGACCCCGCCAUAUCCACCCACGUCGUCCGCAUCCGCAUCCUCAACCACAAUACCUGCGCCUACUCCUACAAUCGAGGCGGCGGCAGUUAACGGCGUCGUAGCCGGCUCGUCUUCCGAUAACAAUGUCUUGUUCUGCGUGGUCUGUGCGUCAAACCAAAACCGAUCGAUGGCAGCACACGCUCUGCUCGCGAAAUCCGGCUUCAACGUCACGUCUGCCGGCACAGGUUCUGCGGUCCGCUUACCGGGACCCAAAAUCAACCUCCCCAACAUCUACCCGUUUGGAACGGCGUACACAGACAUCAUCUCGGAUCUGAAUUCGAAAGAUCCGCGUCUGUACUGGGCCAACGGUCUUAUGACCAUGCUGAAUCGAAACAAAGACGUCAAACGCGCACCGGAGCGUUGGCAGGAAACUAAAUAUGCAGCCGACGUCGUCAUCACGUGCGAAGAAAGGUGCUUCGAUACCGUCUGCGAGGACUUGUUCAGCCGAGGCGCCGAGCUGAAUCGACCAGUACAUGUCAUCAAUGUCGAGAUCAAGGAUAACCACGAAGAAGCGGUAGCGGCGGGUAAAGCGAUCCUCGAUCUGGCAGAGGCGAUAAGAGCCGCAAACGACCUGGAUGAAGAGAUCGAGCCAAUUCUCGAACGUCAUCAGGACAAACAUCCACAUGCCAUCUUGCAUACUGUGGCGUACUAUUGA